UCGGGCAUUUCCGGAUUCACCGAUAACGGUUGGAAUGUUCAAAUCUUCGAUGCUAGUUUUGCUACUUCUGGCCUGGAGUGGAUACUGAGCUAAGAAAGCGACUGAAGAAAGAGCAAAGAAACCAAAAAAAGGAGGUGAAGAGGAGCCUGGUUACGGAAUGACGGUGUUGCAGGAACCGGUCCAGGCUGCUGUCUGGCAUGCUCUGAACCACUACGCCUACCGAGAUGCUGUAUUCCUGGCAGAGAGACUCUAUGCUGAGGUUCAUUCGGAAGAAGCGCUCUUCCUGCUGGCUACAUGCUACUACCGUUCAGGGAAGGAGUAUAAAGCCUACCACCUCCUGAAAGGACACAGCUGCACCACGCCACAAUGCAAAUAUCUCCUCGCCAAGUGCUGUGUGGAACUGAGCAAGUUAGCAGAGGGCGAGCAGAUCCUGACUGGAGGAGUUCUGAACAAACAGAAGAGCCAAGACGACAUCAUUACUGAGUUUGGAGACUCGGCCUGUUUCACUCUGGCACUGCUAGGGCAAAUCUACUGUUUUGGAAUUUUGCCUCUGGAGCCGAGCCCUGGAGACCCAUCGUACCUGCAGAAUUACAGUCACAGUGGAAGUGGGAUGGAACCACCUCCUCCGCCUGGCCCUCCAAAGAAGGCCAUCAGUAGAAUCAGCCAAGUGGGGACAAAGUCAGUGUUUGCACAGAGUGGCAACAGCAGAGAGCUCAUUCCAAACCCUUUCAACCUAACUCAGACCACUGCCCCACAGACUAGUUCUACACCACAAGUGCUGAGCCCAACCAUUGCUGCUCCCCCAAAUGUGCAGCCACGGCGGAGCUCAAGACUCUUCACCAGUGCCAGCUCCACUGCCAAGGAGAACAGUAAGAAGCUGAAAAUGAAGUUCCCCACCAAGAUUCCUAACCGAAAGACAAAAACGAAAAUGGGUAAGGGAGGAAUCACCCCAUCUAACCUGAAUGAGAGCAUAGAGAUCCUCAAACUCGAUUCUUCUAUAUCAGAGGGAAAAGGCAACAUCAGCUCACCACAGUUCCAGGCUUUUAAUCUACAAAAGGCUGCUGCAGAUGGGCUGAUGACGUUGAUGCGGGAUAUUGGGAGGGGCUAUCUAGCUCUCUGCUCUUAUAACUGCAGAGAGGCCAUUAACAUCUUGAGUCAGCUGCCUUCACACCACUACAACACAGGCUGGGUGUUGGGUCAGAUUGGACGAGCUCACUUUGAAGUGGCUGAAUACAUGCAGGCAGAGAGGAUUUUCUCAGAAGUCCGGCGUAUUGAGAGCUAUCGAGUGGAAGGUAUGGAGAUCUAUUCCACAACACUCUGGCAUUUACAGAAGGAUGUGGCGCUUUCUGCCCUAUCUAAAGAUCUCACUGACAUGGACAAAAACUCGCCAGAGCCCUGGUGUGUAGCUGGUAACUGUUUCAGCUUACAGCGGGAACAUGACAUAGCCAUUAAGUUCUUCACACGGGCCAUCCAGGUGGACCCCAGCUUUGCAUACGCAUACACACUAUUAGGGCAUGAACUAGUUCUCACCGAGGAGCUGGAGAAAGCCCUGGGCUGCUUCCGCAAUGCUAUACGCCUCAAUAAACGUCACUACAAUGCCUGGUACGGCUUGGGAAUGAUUUACUACAAGCAGGAGAAAUUUAACCUAGCUGAGAUUCAUUUCAAGAAGGCUUUGAGCAUCAAUCCUCAGAGCUCUGUGCUGCUUUGUCAUAUUGGAGUGGUUCAACAUGCUUUGAAGAAAUCAGACCAUGCACUGGAGACCCUCAACAGAGCCAUUAGCAUCGACCCCAAGAACCCGCUAUGCAAAUUCCAUAGGGCCUCUAUUCUCUUUGCCAAUGAAAAGUACAAGGCGGCUCUGCAGGAGCUUGAAGAGCUGAAACAAAUAGUGCCCAAAGAGUCCCUUGUUUACUUCUUAAUAGGAAAGGUCUAUAAGAAGCUUGGCCAGACUCAUCUGGCACUAAUGAACUUCUCUUGGGCCAUGGACUUGGACCCUAAAGGAGCCAAUAAUCAGAUCAAAGAGGCCAUAGAUAAGCGAUACCUCCCAGAUGAUGACGAACCUGUCACUCCUGAUGAUUAUCCCUACUACUCAACGGAGGUGGAGGAGUCACAGGAGAGCAGUAUGACGGACGCUGAUGACACACAGCUCCACACCACGGAGAGCGAUGAGGUUCUGUAGCCCCCGACACCACUCUGGACUUUGAAAUAAUGCCAAUUUGGGGGCUACUUGAAGACUCCAGCUCUGAAAAAGGAGGAAGAAGAAAAAAGGAAAACAAACUGCUGCUAAUAACAGUACCUCCUCAUGUCUCUCGUUUUAUUUUUAUCAUUCGUUCUUGCCUUUUUCCACCCCCGUGUCAUCAUGCCUUAGAGGUCUCUCAUCGGUCUGAUCUUCUGGUGCUUCUGGUCUCAUCCUUCAUCGUCACUGGCAGGCUUCCUUUAUCGCAGACUGAAUUCAAGUUCUGCCUGAGCUCAAAUUGCCCAGUUUUGCCAAUGACUCCACUGUCUCCUCCAAAAGUUAAUUGUCAGUUUAAGACUCAAAAAAAGAACCACAGACAUUCAUGGAUGUUCCUGUCUUAAUGCUUAGGCCUUUUAUGUUAUUUUAUCAGCAUUUACUCUGAAUAAAGACCUGUGUAAGAGUU